AUGUCCCAAUCCUUAAUCAUAUUCAAGCCCUCAGGUAAGGUCUUGUUUCAAACAAACAAAAAGAUUUCACCAUUUAAUGAUUUGAUCCACAGUAUUGUUGCAGAAUCCCACACUGAAUUAGAACCCAACUUCUACACCACUACUGCUAACCAAAAAAGAUUCUAUUGUUUCAAAAAAGAUGACUUGUGGGCAGCUAUAUAUUUUGACAUUAUCAUUACCAUAGAUGGAGAUAAAAUCAAGCAUACUCUUAUCGAUGUGCUCAAAACAUAUGUCAAACUCACCGAUGAACGUGCAGAUGAAGCGAAGAUCCGAAAAUUGAUUGAUUACCAAUUUGACAAUUUAGUGAAGCUCAAGAAGGAAGACACAGUGCCUCAAGAGCAGCCAAAGAUGCAAGAAACCAAUCCUUCUAACAAGAAGAAGACACAGAACCCACCGAAAAAGGCCAUGAGGAAAUGGGUCAACGGAGAGUUAGUAGAGGUGGGAAACAACGAGGCCCCAUUAGAUUACUCCGAACUACACGGUGAAGAUUCAGCAGAUCGUGAAAUGGAAGAGGUUUCCAUUGAUCAGUCUGCAUUCAGCAAAGAAAAUGACUUGGUCUUGGUCCGCGAACUCAAUGAGAUUUUGGGUGAGGAUGAAGAAGAUUCCGAAGAGGAGGAAAGCAAACCAAAGAGUGGAUUCCUCUCUAAAGUCACGUCCUAUUUUGGCUCUACAGCACCUAUUGAUGAAGUCUCCAAGAAAUUCAAUGAUCAACUCAUUUCCAAGAACAUUGCUCCUCCAACAGCAAAGGCCAUCACCGAGAAGAUCAAGACUAGAUUGGGCUCAAAAACGGUCACCGUGAAUGCUUUCAAACAAGCUUUGACAGAAGAACUUACUAAGAUCUUAACACCAAAUGUGUCUACAGAUCUUCUUUACGAAAUUAAAAAGAGCAGUGCGGCAAAAAAACGUCCGUACGUGAUUUCGGUUGUUGGUGUCAAUGGAGUCGGAAAGUCCACCAAUUUGGCAAAGUUGGCAUACUGGCUUCUUCAAAAUAAUCUAAAUGUGCUCAUUUGUGCUUGUGAUACCUUUAGAUCUGGAGCAGUAGAGCAAUUGAAGGUCCACGUUAAAAACUUAAAACGCCUUAAUGCUAGCAACGAUACCGAAUGCAAGAUCGAUCUUUUUGAAAAGGGCUAUGGUGGCGGAGAUCAUGUUGUCAAAACAGCCAAGCUGGCUAUCCAACAUGCCACCACCGAGGGCUAUGAUAUUGUAUUGAUUGAUACUGCGGGCCGAACCCAUUCCAAUGCAAAAUUAAUGGCGCCUUUGAAGAAGUUCGGUGAUGCUGCUGAUCCAGAUAAGAUUAUUAUGGUGGGAGAAGCACUUGUUGGAACAGACUCUGUCGAACAGGCGAUCAAUUUCAACAAUGCUUUUGGCAAUAAGCGGAACCUAGACUUUUUCAUCAUCUCUAAAGUGGAUACUGUCGGUGACUUGGUUGGUGCAAUGAUCAAUAUGGUGAUGGCUACAAAUGUGCCUAUUUUAUUCGUAGGAACAGGCCAAACGUACACAGACAUCAAGAGACUCAGUGUGAAGAGAGUGGUGGAUAUGCUUACCAAGUGA